CUUCAUCCAGAAGAAGAGCUAACUGGAGACAGUUGCAGAGAUGCAGUAUUUUUCCUGACUCAUUGCUCAGAUAAAGUACUCAUUUAUGAGAAAAUGAGAAAAACAUUUCAAUACCACCAGCAACUGGUGCAUGACCCAGAGAAAAUGACAUCUGUACUUUCCAUCUUUCCAAGAUUUCUGGAUACAAAAGGCUUGGUAAAUCAAGAUUUCAGUCUUUUAUUUGGCUCUGACAUAUCUUCCAAAUUGCUUGAGAAAUGGGAUACCUGCUUUAAGUUUAAGAUUAUUACAGAAGCAAGAUCUCUGACAGGUCAGAUGGCUGAUUUGAAUAUUCUGCUGAAGUGUGCAGUAUCUCCCUUUGAAUGUGAAGAUCAUGAAUCAUCAGGGUUUAUUGGUUGGGAUGCAGACAUGGCCUCAAUUUUAUUAUUAGUCUAUCUUUUGCCACCACCGGCUGGAGGAAAAAAGGUGGCAAAAAUCACCACUAGUGGGGCAGUUGACCAUAUGGCACAGUUUCAUAAGUCGUGCUGCAGUAUUGAUGAACACCUCAGCCAAAAUGAAGGUCGCCAGCCUUACCUUCUGGCAGUAGGAACAACAAAUGCCAAGAUCCAUGACUUUAAUAUUGUCCUGGAUAGACAACUUAUCAACUUAUACUCUACGCUGAUCAAAGAAGGAUCCUACAGCAACUUAGUUAAAAGGGCAAUUCCACGGCGCGGGACGGACCGCAGAACAUUGCUCCACAUCUGCUAA